AUGACCAACGACGCGGAGAAAACGGAUUUGGAUUUUUUAUCCUUCACAAGAAGCGCAACGGAAUCCGAAGGCCAUGAUCUGACAGAUGAUGGCUUUGAAUAUAGUGAAUUUAGUGACUCCGAGGAAGAAGAGUGGUGGAGGGAAGAUGAGACCAAUUUCGAUUGUGAGAUGGAUCUGGAAGAACACGAGUAUAGCACCUUCGGUGACAUGGCACGCACCGUGAAAAUUCGGCUUUCCUUGACUUCUUCUGACAAGGGAACGAACUGCUCCAGGUGGAUGAUUAACUUCAUCGUCGAAUGCACUUGCGAUGGCGUCACUGCUGCCAACGCCCUAGCCCGGUAUAUUCAUCGAGAGGGCAUGCGCUCUGAAUUCUGGGAAAGGAUGGAAAGGCCCAGCGAAGAGACGUGUCAUGUGGCCUUUCAGGUCUUCGAUCGAUACGGAGAUGUCAAAGCCAAGUACAAAGACCAUCCGGUACAAAGAGGCUCUGGUGUUUGGGGAAACGAGCUUGAUCAUGGCCCUCUUUUCCUGAUCGAAAAACUUCAUGUUACAGCACUUGAACUACGCCGGAAAGGGCUGGGGAAAGAAGUGGUGUCCUUACUUCUGAAAAAGGCCAAAAAGUUCUGCCUGGACGAAAGGGGAGACGCGAGAACGAAGAUCUUUUCAGCGAUUCUGAUGGGACCUUUGAACAAACUGGGCCAGUCCGCAGAAGAACGCUUGAUGAUUCGGGGCCAAGCUCAAUUCGGCGCUAUUCACUUUUGGCGAGCGUGCGGUUUUCGCCGCAUCGGAGCAUCUCGCUCUUUUGCAUUUUCAUUCGAUUUGCAGCAUCAGUCUCGCGCCCUUUCUGCAGCUUCCGAUUUUGACCCGCGAAGAGAUUGUGCCGAUGAUCUCGAGGACGAAAAACUCUCCGAGGCAGUUUCUUUCAUUGAGCCAAAGAGAUUGAAGCUAGAGCGACUUCGUGACGUAUUGCCGCUGCAUCAUGCAGCUCUCACUCUGCCAGACGAAGACCUCCAAUCUUUUUUCGUGGCCCACAUUGACGUCAAGAUUGGCUGGAAUCAAGUGACCAACUCUGAAGCCACACUUCUGCAUCUGACAGCUUGCGAGCUUAAGCCCAUGAGCACUCGAUGGCUACUUGAGAAUGUCCAACUUGCCGACUCCUGGAAAACGGCUCGUGACAUUGACGGAUACACCCCGCUUGAAGCGUUGCAGGAGAAGCUAGAGAUAAUGCGAACCCAAGGAGAAGUCAGAUUAAGGGUCUUCAGCCUAUCAGACCAGUUUAGAGGGUACCCUGACACCGCAGUAUCAUGCCUCUCUUUGCUGUCCAGACACGAUACUUUGGUGCUUAAUGAAGCAUGCCUCCGAUACGGGUGUAAAUGUGGAGAGUGUCUGGAAGGAUAUCUAUCCGCCCGAAUGAGGAGCUCUUUGAUAUUUCAGGGAGAGACUAAGUACGACCUUAUUCAGGACGGAAUUGAUGAUGGUGACUUUUGGAUAAGCGAUAACGACUACAUCCUCGUGCAUCUCGAUCGUAACGUGCGAGAGAGCCUUGGAACCGACAAGUCGCUUCGAAAGGGCUUCGUGAAUAUUUUCCGGGUUGCCGUGGAAUGUCUCAAGGCAAAAAGAGUUCCCACUACAGAGAAUCUCGAGUGGUGCUGUAACAAUCAAACCAAGUCGUCACAGGAUACCCAGAAUUACCUGCGACAUGCUGGGACUCAAAAAGGUUGCCGGGCUGUACUUCGGUAUCUGUUCGACGCUACUAAAGAAGAAGAUGAGAAAGCAGGUGAUGGAGAGUGUCAAUACACAUUGAAGGAGGAUUGGUCAGACCUCCCACCUUGCAGGAACGAUCAUGAGUUUGAAUUUGUUGCCAGGGCUUGCGGCUACGGUGGCGAUGACUUCAUUUCGUUACCAUGGUGGUAA